UAUAUGAAGCGCUAUGGAGUUGAAAGAAAAUACUCGAACCUUACUAACAUCGACCUUGAUCUUCUCAUCACCGAGUUCAAGAAAAAGCGGCCUGAUUCAGGUAUAAGGUGCAUCAUUGGUUUUCUCCGCAGGCAUGGACUGCGAGUGUAG